GGGACAUCAACACGUGUUCAGUGGCUGAUAGAGAUCGAGAUGAACUUCAACUUGGGUCAGCAGAAAGGCGGGCUGUCUCUAGGAGGAGGUCUCCAACUAGGAGUGCUAGGACAGCAGCAGCAGCAGCUAGCAGGCGGGCUCAGCGGUGGAGCGGGGCUAGGUCUUGGACUCGGAGCCACGCAGCAGCAGACAGCAGGUCUAGGGACAGGACUGAAGCUGGGAAUGCCAACUGCUGCUGUGGCUCCCCAGCCUUCAGCUUCUGGUGGCUUAUCUGCCUCCUCUGGACUUCAGCUUGGUUCAGGACAGACUGGGGGGCUUUAUGGACAAGCUAGAGGACUACAACUUGGUUCAGGACAAGCUGGAGGACUGCAACUUGGUUCAGGACAAACUGGAGGACUGCAACUUGGUUCAGGACAAGCUGGAGGAUUGCAAGUUGGUUCAGGACAAGCUAGAGGACUACAACUUGGUUCAGGACAAGCUGGAGGAUUGCAACUUGGUUCAGGACAAACUGGAGGACUACAACUUGGUUCAGGACAAGCUGGAGGACUGCAACUUGGUUCAGGACAAGCGGGAGGACUACAACUUGGUUCAGGACAGCUGAAACUUGGCCAAACCAACCAACAGAAAGGUCUUCAGCUGGGUGGUGGGUUGACUGGUGGGCUUCAAUUAGGAGCCACGCAGACUGGCGGUGGUGGACUUCAAUUGGGAGCAGCGGCUCAUGGGCUUCAGGCAGGUGGCGGGCUUCAAUUAGGAGCAGCUCAGAGUGGGGGUGGUGGGCUUCAAUUGGGGGUAACUGCCACUCAGACAAAAGGACUGCAACUUGGAGGUGCAACCACAGCUGCCACUCAGAACAAAGGUCUCCAGCUGGCAGGAGGAGGUGGGCUUCAAUUGGGAGUAGGGACGACUGGAACCACCCAGAGCAGAGGACUGGGCCUCGGAGGAACGUCUCUUGCUGCUGGUCUGCAGACGACGACCCCAGGGCUCGGAGGACUGGGAGCUCAGAACAGAGGCAUCCAGUUGGGAGGACUGCCCACUGCCACCACACUGGGUAGCCUGGGUGGAGGAGGAGUGAAGGCAGGUCUCCCAGGGAUGCUAGGAGGAGGACUCCCUACCAGUCAGACUGCCUCCACCUCAUCUGCUGCCUCCUCUUCAUUCAGAGGUCUGGGGGGAGUGGAUCCUAAUGCUGGGAAACCAGGGGCUGGAGAUGGCAGUUCAACCCCAGUGAUGGAGCAGCCCCUCCCUCCCGUCCUGAACCAAUUGGUCCACCAGUUCUCCCAACACAUGAAACAGCAGUCGACCACGGGAGACGAGAUGGACAAAUUCUCCGACAGUGACAUGAAGAAGGUUCAGCAGGAGACUGGGACACAGAGAGAGGUGGUGGGUGAGCUGCUGGCACAGGUCCAGAGAGAUGCUCAGAGAGUCAGCUACCUCAAGGGAGAGAACACCAAGGAGCUGCGUCAUGUGGAGAUAGCUCAGCGGACGCAGGAACUCCCAGCAACCCUGCAACAUGAGAACACAGCUCCUGCACACUAUUUCCAGUCUGUGGUGGCAGUAUUUGAAGAGAAGAUGGAGUUGUAUCGGAACCAGUUGGUGGAGCUGGAGAGCCACUUGUCUGCCGUCGGUCGCGACCACUCCGUGUCCCCUCAGAGUGAAUCUCUUUUACCUCCUCUCUCCCUCUCCUGUCUGGGUGUGUGGUGUAAGAUGUUCUUUGUUUUCAGAUCUGGUAGACAUUCUCCAAGUGCAGUACAAACCAUUCCUUCUGCUGGCAGCUCAACUGCAGACCAUCCACGAACAAGUCCAGAUACUGAGAGAGCAGUAUCUGGCCUACCGUCGAGUGUUCCUGCAAGACUCCACUGACGUGUUUGAAGAUAGGAGGAGGAGGAGAGAGGCUGAGAGUGAGAGAGGGAAGGUGAAGACUGGACCUCCUCCCUUCUCUGCCGCCAUGGGCCAGGCCACCACUGCUCUCGCUGCCUUCUCUACUGGACCUGGUCUGACAGGAGGAGUUGGGACUGGAUUAGGUCUGAGAGGAGGUAUGGGGGGAGGACUAGGAGGACUGACAGGAUUUGGAGGAGGGAUUGGAGGAAGUGGGGGUCUUGGGACUGGAGGUCUGGGGACUGGGGGUCUGGGGCAGCAGAACAGAGGCCUGACUCUUGGAGGAGGUCUGGGAGGGAUGGCAGCCAGUCAGCCAUCUCUCACUGGUGCAGGCACUGGCCAACCAUUCCAGUUACAGAGACCUCCGCUCGGCAAGAAGAGAGGAACUGUUACCACAUGAUUAUUCUUCGUGGUGCUAUAAAUAUAACGUUUUUUUCUUUUCGUCGCGGCAAGCGCGAGGAGUUCUUGUUGGGAGGAGAUGCGGUCGCUAACAGCGUGUAUUAUUGUGUUUCAGGUUCUACUAGUCCGAGGAGGGCCUGAGAAUCCAUCUCCUGAGUGCGGUGACGAAGACGUACGGCUAUUGACCGCUGCGGACAACAAUGCGAUCUCCGCUGCACUAGACGGUGUACUUGGUGACGUUAACGGAACUCUCGAGAUCUGCGAGAAUGAGCUCUGGAAGAAGGUCGUGUUGUGCCUGAAUGAGGGAGAAGGAGAGCAAUGGAUGACAGAGAACACUGCAGUAGUCUGCAGGGAACUGGGAUAUCCUGCUCCAGGUGAAUCUGGAGCUAUUGAUUUUCAGAUUGUAAGCAGGAAACUGUCAUACGUACCUCAAUGUAUGGGGAGUGAGGACAGACUGAGAGACUGCACUACUGUAGAUCAAGAUGACAGUUGUGAUGCUCCACUAGUUAUCAGCUGUUGGAACAGCUCGCAAGUCACAACUAGUCAACUGUCUCCCUCUCUCCC